AUGCCAUUCUCAGGAGGCGGCAGCAAGCAGCGCUCUAGCUUCGGUGCACUGCAACUUUCAAGUUUCACAAACGAUCCAGAGCAGGAUGGUCGCUCGUCACCGCUCCGCCUACUGCGCACCGUCAUCCCUGACUACGCGCUGAGAGGUGGGUCAGCUCGACUCACUUGCGACUACGACGCUGGCGAGUCAUCGCUGUACUCCGUGCGAUGGUUCAAAGACGACCUCGAGUUCUACAGAUACGUGCCUCGAUCUGUGCCUUCAUAUCAAGUCUUUCAGCGCCAAGGCUUCGUGGUUGAUGAGGGCGCGUCGGAGGCCAGUCACGUGGUGGCCAGAGGCCUGCAGUUCGAGGCGUCCGGUCAGUACCGCUGCGAGGUGUCCGCUGAGGGACCGGAGUUCACCACUGUCAUCGGUCACGGCACGAUGCUGGUCCUGGAUCCCCCUCGCUCGGGCCCCUCAGUGUCAGGUCUCCAGCAGGAGUCCAAGGUUAAUGACUCGGUGGAGGUGACACAUCCCCCUCGCUCGGGCCCCUCAGUGUCAGGUCUGCAGCAGGAGUACAAGGUUAAUGACUCGGUGGAGGUGACAUGUACGUCGUCCCCUUCACAUCCCCCAGCACACCUUUCCUGGCUACUCAACGGCCGGCAAGUAUCCGAGGAGGAGUCGGUUACGGUGAGCGAUCCGCUGGAGCAGCCAGGCGGGUUGUUGGUGCGCGUCUCGAGCUUGCGGUUCACAGCUACGCAAGAACACUUCCAAGAUGGCCGCCUCACCGUCAAAUGCUUGGCAUCUUUGGCUCCUCCUGGUUAUCCCAGCGCUGCAAGUGACAGAGCAUCCUGGCACUCAGCCGUUGGCACUGCCACUACUUCUGAUAAUAACAUUUCUAACAAAAAAGGGAAACAACCUGUCCGCGACAAAGCAAAGUUCCUGGAUAGUCGUCUGCUAGAGCAGCAGAAGCGCGCCAUGAUGCACUUUUUCUACACCUGGGAGACUUCAGUAACUGUGUCGAGCGCCACGAGGCAUCACUUCACUGCACAGCUUCUCGUGAUGGCGACAGGGCUGCUCCUGUACUGCACGUCGUACUGA